CAUUAAUUCCGUGAAGAGAGCCACGAGGGAACCGCCGUCACCGGACACCAGCUCUUCUACUUCACGAGGCGCAAUAAAAGUUUAUGCCACUCGUGCGGCCGCGCGCAGAGAUGGAUUCAUGCUUGAACCUCGAUGAGGAAUUGACGCUGACAGCACGCGAAACUAACACGGUUUCGGAAACACCGGACAACGCCUCGAGCCCCGGUAAGAAGAGCGAGCUGUCGCAGAAGCCUCCGUACUCGUACGUCGCGCUCAUAGCCAUGGCCAUCCGCGAGAGCGCGGAGAAGCGGCUCACGCUGUCGGGCAUCUACCGCUACAUCAUCAGCACGUUCCCGUUCUACGAGAGGAACCAGAAGGGCUGGCAGAACAGCAUCCGCCACAACCUCUCGCUCAACGAAUGCUUCGUCAAGGUGCCGCGCGAGGGCGGCGGGGAGCGCAAGGGCAACUACUGGACCCUGGACCCCGCGUGCGAGGACAUGUUCGAGAAGGGCAACUACCGGCGGCGCAGGCGCAUGAAGCGACCGUUCAGACCCCCGCCGAGCCACCUCCAGCUUCCCGGUAAGAGUCUGUUCGGGGAGGACUAUGGUUACCUGCCCGCGCGCGCAUACCUGCAGCCCGGAUUCACUAGCAGCUCCUGGACCUCCGCCCCCUCCGUGCCUUACGCCUCGUGCCAGAUGUCCGGUCUUAACGUCAACAUGAGCGUGAAAGGCCUCGCGACACCGUCUUCCUACAGCUCCUACUCGCGCGUGCAGGGUAUGGUGAAUUCUUACAACGGCCAGAGCCACGCGCACCCGCACCUGCAACCGCAUCAGACUCAGCAGCUCGUGCCUCCCCCGGUCCCCUCCGGUAACGGAAACAGCAGCCUUCACUUCGCCAGCUCGCGCCAGCCUACCGAGCUGUCCAUGGUGCACUGCGCGUACUGGGAGCACGAGAACAAGGCUGCGCCGGUACACACGCGUAUUGACAUUUAGAGGAGACCGCGGAUGUGUGUGUGUGUCCAGUCCGCAUGUCCCGCGCCUGUGUCGGGGAUGACCGGGCCGACGGAUGACUGGUCGCGCAGGCUCGUGA